GGAACAGAACACCGCGAUGCAGACCAAUCUCUCCCAGCCGAGUUACAUAGUUGCUGCAGUGAGCUUUGUUUGCUAUCUUGUCUUUAAACGCGCUGAACCGUCAGAGCCUUUACCGGUCUUAAGUCUUCUCCUCGGUGUACCUGCCCUUCUCGCCUGUGCACUUGCUUGGUUCUCCCUCUUACCCGCAUACCAAUACGCCACUGCCAUCCCUGUCGUCUUCGCCUCUCACUGGGCCCUGCUCCUAUCAUAUGUCCUUAUCUACCGUCUAUCCCCUCUCCAUCCCCUCGCUCGUUUCCCAGGACCUCUUCCAAAUCGUAUCUCAAAGCUAUGGAUGGUGUGGGUAAAUCGAAAAGGCGGGCAAUGGCGUCACUAUUAUGCACUACACCAGCGUUACGGCGACGUUGUCAGAAUCGGGCCAAACGAGCUGUCAAUUCGAAACGUCGAUGCCGUUCUACCCGUCCUAGGUACCAGUGGCCUCCCAAAAGGCCCUUUCUGGACGAACCGCAAUCCUAAGGGAAGCACAAAUGCCCUCAUUAUGCAACGGGACCCUGUGGAGCACGCGCGUAGACGACGGCCGUGGAACCGCGCAUUGAGCACCGCUUCGCUGAAGGACUAUGAAGAGAGUAUCGUGCUUCGCUCGCGUGAAUUGCUUGAUGCGCUCGGGAAAAGGCAAGGGCAAGUGAUGGAUAUGUCCAUGUGGAUGACAUUCUUUACGUUUGAUUUCAUGAAUAACAUGGCUUUCGGUGCUACUUCUGAACUUAUGAGAGAAGGUAGAGACGUGAACGGCGUCUGGCAGAUCAUAGAGGAUGGUGUCAAGUUCACCGGAGUUGCGUUUCUCGUUCCUUGGGCUGCGCCUCUCCUGCGGAUGCUCCCAACAUCGGUACAAGCCCUUCUUCAGCUGAAGUCUUUCGCACAGACGAGUGCAGAACGCCGACUUGAGCGUGGCUGCGAGAAGAAGGACCUUUUUUAUCAUCUUAUGGAUGAAGAAGGUCACGAAACUGUCCGACCCUCCCAGCCCGUCGUGAUCUCAGAUAGUCUACUUGCUAUCCUUGCGGGGUCUGAUACAACUGCAACGUCGCUCAGCGUGCUCUUCUACUUCAUCCUGCGCCAUCCAGAGGUUUACAAGCGCCUCCAAACGGAGAUUGACCUCGCUUUUCACACAGAAGGGGAGGGGAAAGAGGAGGCGGAGGAUCCCGUAGAUUUUGCAAAAAUGGCCGGGAUGCCAUACUUGAAUGCGUGUAUAAACGAAGCGCUGCGCCUGUACCCUGCCGUAUUGAGUGGUGUACAGCGUCAGAUCAUACCAGGAAGCGGCGGGAAGAUGAUAGGGCCUUUCUUCGUCCCUGAGCCAGCUAACAUGUUCAUACACACCUACUCAAUACAUCGUGACCCACGCUACUUCUCACCUUACCCCAACUCCUUCUGGCCUGACCGCUGGCUCCCAUCAUCCCACCGAGUCGACUUCAUCGGCGCAUCAUCCAAAGUAAGCGCAAGUGCCCAAUCCGAUUUCGUACACAACACAGCUGCAUUUAUCCCUUUCUCACUCGGUCCUAACAACUGUGUUGGUAAGAACCUUGCGUUACUUGAGCUGCGUGCGGUAACUUGCCAUAUCCUCCACCGGUUCGAGCUCUCGUUUGGUCCGUCUGAAGAGGGCGUAUGGGAGAUGGAGAAGUGGGAGGAGCGAAUUGAAGAUUAUUUCACUGUGAUCAGGCCACCGUUGAAUAUGGUGUUAAGGAGUAGGAAGUAGGCUACAUAUGUAUUUGGCUUGCGAGGAUUUGAUUGUUUCCUCGUUUCUGUGGGUUUGGAUUUCUUCUUUCUCUCAUAUUUUGCUUUGACUCGAGCUCUUAGGUACACUGACAUUCACUAUAAAGUGAGGUCAUCUUUCACUCGCUUUGUGCCUGCCAUCUAUCUCUGAACUUCGUGAACGGAGUUACGCCCUUAUGAACUGGUAUAGGAAAAAGAUGUACGAUGGACGCUUACUUGUAUUACUACGGCCGUCACUGGUGGCUAUAUGCAAGCAAUUUCUUUGGGUUCGUCAUUUGUAUCCUUGAAUUCCAGUCGAAUGUCUCCCUUUCUCCCUCAUCUCAUCCUUCCACGUGCCGGCUCCUUUAGACCAUCGUUCACGUCGAAACGCAACCUAGCCAUGAUGUUAGGAUAUUGAUGAAGUGCGGCACGAAGAGACAGGGGAGGAGGCCACAUGUGCUUGAGUGCUUUUCCAUCUUCUUACUUGUCAUCAUGCGUGGUAUUUACUCACUGCCCGGCGGAAAGGAGUACCUUUGUGCUGUCGUAUAAACACCUGGGAAACCUCAUCAGUCACUUAGCCGGUUAUUCGGAUCUUGAUAACAAGCACCAUGGAUGGGGGUAGCCUCGUAACUGAAAGCUUAUAAAAUCUAUGAACCUGCAUCCGAGUUGCAGUUCGUAUCCCUCGACGUUAGUAUCUUACUCAUUAUUAUGUGGUUACAG